CUGUCGUCGCUGUGUCUCCUCCUGGACAUGUUGUCCCCCCUGAGCUGCACGCGUGCAGACACCCGGUGUAAAAAAAAUAACGCGGGACAGACCGGUGGAUCCGGGAAAAGCUUUGCUUAUUUUGAACGGCAGAGUCCGGAGGCGGCAGCAGCAGCAACAGCAGCUUCUUACAGAGAAAUAACAGCGGAGCGAUUGAAAUGAUGGACAUCCGGGUCAUUCAAGGUACAACCGGAAGCUGAACUUCCACUUCCGGUGAGCUGCACACUCGCAUGGAAAUACAAGGUUGAGGAGAAUGGCAGCCAGUGAAGCAGUCUGCUCAGAGUUUCUGAACUGGGAGGUCAACACGUCGAUGGUUGAUCAUGGAUCAAUUAAGCAAAACAAACACAUUUCUGCUGCUCACAGAAAAUAUUACAGGUUCUGCAGGAGAAAGUCUUUUGCCUCGUUUGUGGCUUCAAAGAUCUGCAGUGCAGAGGCCGGCGCCUCCUGGUGCUGCUGCGGCCAGACCUUCAAAGAACACUCUGCCGUUCACAAACAUGUGGCCAGAGCACACGCCGCCGAAGUGCAGCAGCUGGCGCAGACGGCGUUCCAGGCUUCGCUGAGCCAGCUGGCAGAGGAAGAGCAAACACAGCGGCUGAACGGACGCGAGGCAGAAGAAGCGGACGUUUCUGUGUGGAUCCCUGACGUUAGCCACGUCCCAGCGGAGCUGCUGAAAAACGGUCCCGGCAAGGUUCUCCUUUACUACCGCUACUGCGAGGUGGAGGAUCCGCACGUCAUCUGCGCCUGGCAGAAAGCUCUGUGUGAGAGGCUGCAGUUAACGGGGAAGGUGAGGGUGGCGGCAGAAGGAAUCAACGGGACGGUUGGUGGAACCGCCGUGGCCACGGAUCUCUACACCAGGGCCAUGAUGUCACACCCCCUCUUCCAGAUGGACCGAGAAGAUUUUAAGAUCAGUGACGGCGGUGCCGAGUGUUUUCCAGAACUGAAGGUCGGCGUUUACCAGGAAAUCGUUCCGAUGGGAGUCGAUCCGGAUGUGGUUUCCUACCAGCUGGCAGGACUUCAUCUGGAUCCGGAGGACUUCCACAAAGAAGUGGAGGCUCUUUUAGGGGAAGGGGAUUCCUCUAACGACACCCUUCUUCUGGACUGCCGUAACUUUUACGAGAGCAAAAUAGGACAAUUCACUCGAUGUUUGGCUCCAAACAUCCGCAAGUUCAGCUAUUUCCCCGACUACGUCGACCAGAACCUGGAACUCUUCAGAGACAAGAAGGUUCUGAUGUACUGCACAGGAGGGAUACGCUGCGAGCGCGCCUCGGCGUACCUGCGCUCAAAGGAUGUGUGCAGGGAGGUCUACCAGCUGAAAGGUGGAAUCCACAAAUAUCUGGAACGGUUCCCCGAAGGGUUCUACCGCGGGAAGCUGUUCGUGUUCGACGAGCGCUACGCCAUCUCCUCCAACGACGACGUCAUCUCAGACUGCAGCUUCUGCGGACGCCCGUGGGACCGGUACGAGCUCUGCAGCACCCGCUUCUGCUGCCAGCUGGUGCUGUCCUGCCCCGCCUGCAGACGGCAGGGUCACACCGCCUGCUGCUCCACCUGCCAGGCCAAAGGACGCGCUCAGGGCGGCGCCAACGGCCCGCAUCACAAAGAAGAGUGCGAGUGCACCGAGAGACGACCCAGAAUUCCCCAAGAUGUCUGACCUCAGUCAUUUGACUUUGAUCUAAAUUCUAUUUAUCAGCUGUCAAAUAUUAUUUUUCUGUCAAAGUAAAUGUUUUUAACCUUUUAUCAACUCCUAUGAGAAAGAAAAAAAGCAUUUUGUGCAUUUGAACCUGUGGCUAUUGUGAAAAGCACUUUCACAUUAAAAGCAUCCAUCUGUAAUGUUGCUUUACACAAUAAAAGCCAUAAAAACAACCAUAAA